GAGUAUAUCAAUUAGUGCAUUAGUAGGAAUAUGAUUGACUUCAAUUUUAAUAAUUAGUUUUCGAUAAGUAAUAAUAAGAUGUUGAGGCUGCUGACAUUUUUUUGAUGUUUUGAUUUUAUACGUGUGUAAAAUGACCAAUUUUUCCACAGGAAUGACAGAUUGCAUCUUUUGCUAGACAUUUAUCUUUGGAGUGCCUGUUUCUUCCACAAAACUAACAUGUUGAAAUAAUGAACCUAUACGUAUAGGAAUUUGAGGUAUAAUAUUCUGACUCUUGUUGAGUCAUUUUUAAAGAUCAGUUGAUUUAUGUGUUUCUUCUAGGUUCAGAGUCGGUUUUUCUAAAAGUCUCUGCCUAUAAUGUGAGAUGGGGCAAGACCACGAAUAAAUUAAUCGUUUAUGUAGAUAUUUUUAUUUUGUUCUGCAGUGACUGCUUCACUACUUAAUUGUUUUAAAAUUUGUAAAUCUAUAGAUUCACUUACUUGGUGUUUUCUAGUACUUAGAUAAAUUAUGAUUCUCUGAAGAAUCCAUAGUACCUAUCACUUACAGAGUCCAAAGUUUUAAAAACAAAUCACAAACAAGCUUCAAAGUAUUCAGAAUGGCGGAAAUUUUUCAACCUAUCCAAACUUAAUGAUCUUAGUCGUUUGGAGCAAAUUUCUUUACUCUUACCUAUACUUUUCCAAAGAAAUCUAAAAAAGGAUGAUCAAGUUAUGCUCUAUCGAGAAUGUUAACAAAGUUGAGUGAAAAUUUCCCCAUUGAAGAAAAAUCCACCCUCCACACCAGGGCAUUAAUUCCAGUCACAUCAGCUGAUAUGAGGCGUCGCGACGCGCCCCAGACGCCGACAAAGUUCUUCCAGCCGUUUUCGGAAGUAAGGGUCGUUUCUCUACUGAAAACACACAAAAUAUAUAACGUAAACAGCUGAACCGUCAAGGCACACACUCGACCGUUCGAUUUCGUUUUCAGUUGCGUUGUUACGAGCCUCGAGCAAAGAGACCGCGAGCGCGAGGUUCACUUAUAAAAUAAUUUCGCUUUCUGUUAAAUAAAUAAUUUAUAUUUUGUAUAUUAAUUAAUAAAAUAAUGCGGUUUAAUUAUAAUUAUUUGUUUCACAUAAUGUGGGGAAAAUUUGAUUAGUAAUUUGAAAAACUACGAUAAUGCGGUUUACGCGUAAAAAAGAAAAGUUCCGCACCGUGCUCAAUUAAUAAGAAAAAGAUUCAAUGAAUGACGUUCGCGGAUUCACCCACAACACAACUAAAAGUGCGGGUUUUUAGCCACCCUGGCUAAUCUCGGGAUUCACUCGCUUCCAUUUAAAUUGCAACCAUUGCUAACAACUAGAUGCAUUUUGCGUUAAAACCUCGAGCGCUCUUUAACUCUUUUGUUCUUAGCAGCGGCAGCGGCAACAAAACUAAACGACAAUGGACAGUAAAAAGGUCGGGUGUGUGUGCCGCUUUAGGGGUUGUUUUGUUAUUGUUUUGUUAUUGUUGUUCAUGGUGAUUGGUCGGUUUCGCGGGUGCGAUUGUUCGAGGAACGAUAGUAGGAUUCUUAAGAGGGAGGCUCUUGAUGGACACUUGCAAGAGUAUCUGAUGAAUUUCGGUUACAUGAAGCGGUCGUCGGACGGCGCUUUCGCCAUGAGAACCGAAGAAUCGAUACGACAAUCCAUAAGCGAAAUGCAGGCCUUCGCCGGGAUUCCCGUAACCGGAAAACUCGACGAGAAAACCGUGAAGCUAAUGAAAACCCCUAGAUGUGGCUUACCAGAUAAGGAAAUUGGGCUUACUUCGGGCAGACGGAAAAGAUACACGAUUCACGGUUUGAAGUGGCCUUAUACGGAUUUAACUUGGAGUUUGAGGACCAAACAAUUUCAAGACUUGGAUCCGUACGAAGUGCGCUACGUGAUAUCCAAAGCUCUGGCAGUAUGGUCCAAACAUUCAAAGCUGAGCUUUACGGAGGUGGACAGCGACAAGGCUGACGUUUUGAUUUAUUUUUAUAGGAAAAGUGUGGAUGUUCAUUUUGAUGCCGACGAAAGCUGGACUACUAGCGGGGACAGUCAGCAAGGUACAAACUUAUUCAAUGUUGCCGCCCACGAAAUUGGACAUUCUUUGGGUUUGUCGCAUUCCAAUGUGGAAGGUGCCUUGAUGUAUCCGUGGUAUUCGGAAAUGAAAGAUGGAUUUGACUACGAGUUGCCUGACGAUGAUAAGUUGGCAAUACAAUAUCUUUAUGGUUCAAGAGACCUGAAACAAUGGGGCAGAAUUCCGCAAUACCAUCCGCAACAACCUCAAAGGCCAUCCACCACCAGCACAACAACUACCACGACUACCACAACCACCAGGCCACCGGUUAGGGCUUACCCAAGGUAUCCUUACGAUCCUAGGUAUCCUAACGGAAGGUAUCCUUACAACAAGCCUGAAACUCCAUACAACAAGCCAAUGAAUCCGGAAAAGAAGCCCCAUUAUCACAAACCCAAGCACGAACACAAUCCGCAUCACAAACAUCCAUUUACUGGUCGCCAUUAUCCAUCCACAUCCAGCACACCUCGUCCAGAAACCAAACCAACCAAACUGAUUCCUAGAAAACAUCACACCCCUCACAAAGAAUACCCAUCGGAAGAAGUACCACCAGAUACCUGCGACACCACUUAUGAUGCUGUAGCUGUAAUAAGACGCGAACUAUUUAUAUUCAAAGACAAAUGGUUUUGGAGGAUUGGCGACAAUGGAGUGGUAACUUCUGGAUACCCAGCUGAAAUAACCAGAUUGUUUCGUGGGUUUCCUAGGAGUUUGAGUCAUGUGGAUGCCGUACUGGAACGAAGCGACGGCAACAUAAUGUUCUUUGUGGACGAUCGGUAUUAUUUGUUUUCGGGAGUGAGCUUGAUGCCGGGGUAUCCGAAAACUUUGACGGAACUGGGACUGAGCAGUAGCGUGAGGAAAAUCGACGGGGCUAUGAUUUGGGGGCACAACGGGAAGACUUACUUUUUUAGUGGAGAUCAAUAUUGGAGAUUUGACGACGAAGAACUAAAAGUAGAAAUGGACUAUCCCAGAAACAUGUCCAGAAUGUGGAAAGGAGUUGGAACCGACAUUGACGCCGUAUUCCAAUGGAAAGACGGUAAGACCUACUUUUUCAAAGGCAAAGGAUUUUGGAAAUUCAACGACUUACGAAUGAGAGUGGACGAUUACGAACAAAAACUUUCGGCACCAGUUUGGAUGGGGUGCAAGCAAAAUUUCGAACAAAACGACCUCAAUCAAAAACUUCCAUACACUGGUGGUUGUAGUUUGACGAAAAACAGCUUAUUUACGAUUUUGAUUGUUUUUAUAAGCAGGGUGCUCUUGAUGUUAUAGAUCUCUGGUUUGGGAAAAUUAAUUGUGAUAGGGAUAAGGCUAUAAUAUAUUUUUUUAUUAAGGCAAUAGUUCUAUAAUUAAUUUUAAAGCUUUGUACAGCAAAUUUUUAUUAGGCCACCUUAGUGCAAUAAAUUAAAUUAUGAGGUAAUUUUUGCAAAAUUGAAGCUUUACAUAUCGAGGUAUAUAAUAAUGAUAUUUGUAUUUUGUAAAGACUGAAUUUAUUAAUUGCUUUUUUCAUCAUCACUGCCUCACUUUUAACAAUAAUAUUGAUUGCUUCAAAAAUACUAUAUUUUUGUGAUAUAUUAUUAUCUACAUAUUUCUUGAUUUGUAAUUUUUUUUUUAUAUUAUAUUCUUUAGGCUUUUAAUUUCUGUGAUAUUUUUAUAACCAGUUUUUUUAUUUGUAUAAUAAUUUUAGUUUAUAUUUAUAAUUAGUCAAAAAAUACAAUAAGUGUACCAAAAAAAAAAAAUGUUUAGGUCAAAACCUUACAUUCCAAAAUUUUCUGAGGAGUAGCUUACACCAAUAAUAAUACUCCGUUCCUUAUUUGUAAGGAGUCAAAAUUUCAUUUUAAUCGGGACACACCUGUAUAUCAAUAUUCAAUAUUUUAAAUAAUAUACUUUUAGCUAAUUUGAAAAACACCAUUUCAUCUUCGAAUAAAAAGAACGUUUUAGUUCUUUAAUUUAAGCUUAUUGGUUUGGCUUAGCAGCCAAUUAUUAAGCAUUGUGAAGACCUAUUGGGUUUAAUUACUGCUAAUUUAAAAAAAUAAUUAUUGUAAAUAUACUGAAUGUUAAUUAAUGAAAAAAUUGCCUAUUUUAAACAGGAAAUAAAUCUUUUUUUUUUUUUAAUUUCAGA